AUGACUAUCUUAUCGUACGAAGAGGUAUGCUAAAAUUUAUAAAAACGUCUUUUAAAAUAAGCACUUUUAAACCUUUUUAAUUUUUAUGAAAUAGUGUUAUUCGGUUUUUAGGUAAUGGCCAUGCAGCGUAAGUUCUUCAGCUCCGGCGCUACACGAUCUAUCGAGUUCCGCAAGAAACAGCUUCGAAAGAUCAAGCGACUUAUCGAAGAAGAGAACGAGAUCAUUUGUCGUACAAUCCACAAAGACCUUCGUCGUAACGCUGGCAUCACAAACUAUCUUGAGUUAGGGCCUUCAAUAACUGAAAUCGACUACUUUAUCGAGAACCUUGAAGACUGGGCCAAGCCAGAACAUGUUCCCAAAACCGUAGCAACCGCCAUCGAUACUCCCAUGAUAGUCCGAGAGCCUUAUGGAGUUUGUUUGCUUAUCACAACAUGGAACUUCCCAGCUGUCAUGUACUUCUAUCCUAUGAUUGCUAUGUUAGCAAGCGGAAAUACAAUGAUAAUCAAAGGGUCAGAGCUUUGCGAAGCAACCACAAACUAUUUGGCCAAACUCAUCAACAACAUGUUUCCGCCAGUAUGUUUAUUCUUGUUGAGUUUCAGGACUAGUAUCUAUAAUUAUCUGUAAAAUAAUGAAAAUUAACUUACAGGAGUACGUAACCGUCUACACUGGAGGGCCUGAAGUCACAACUGAUCUUUUAAAGCUGCCAUUUAACAAAAUAAUGUACACUGGUAACCCUGCAGUUGGUAGAAUCAUCAUGGAAGCAGCCUCCAAACACCUCACUCCUGUUGUCCUUGAGCUUGGAGGAAAAAGGUAAGUCUACCACAAUAUAAUCUCAUAUAAAAACAUGUUAUAAAUAGAUGUUGUAUAAGCAAUAAACAUGUGAUUUCCUUACCUAACAUAAAACGAUUCAAAAUUUUAGUCCCGCAGUUGUAUUAAAUGAUGCAGACAUCAGAAUAAGUGCAAAAAGAAUUGUUUGGGGAAAAUUCACAAACGCAGGCCAAGUUUGCAUUACUGUCGACUACAUUAUCGUCACAGCUGACGUUGCUGAUCAACUGAUUGAAGAAAUGAGAAACGCUGUUAUCGAGUUUUAUGGAGAAAAUCCACAAAACAGCAAUGAUUAUGGUAGAAUAAUCAACACGCGCCAUUUUGAGUAAGUUUGCAAUAAACAUAAACAGUAUCACUUUUUGAGUAACAUAAAAAGAAAACAUUGGAACCACAAUAAUGUUUAAUUAAAAACUUACCUUCAGUCGACUGAAGUCUUUGUUGGACAAAACCUUGGGAAAAGUUCAUUUGUGUCCUGGACAUCUCGAUAGAAGUGAUCUCUAUAUUCCUCCCACCAUCGUCGAAGUAGAAGCGUUCGAUAUUCUUAUGAGCGACGAGAUAUUCGGCCCCAUUUUGCCUAUUCUAGUAGUAAAAUCUUACGACGACGCUCUCCAUUACAUCAAAUCAGGGCCAUCUCCUUUGGCGUCUUACGUUUUCAGUAAGAACAAGAAGAAAGUCGACAAGUUUGUGAAUCAGAUCAGUAGUGGAAGUAUGGUGGUCAACGACAUGUUGCUUCAGUACUCUGUGGACACUCUGCCAUUUGGUGGUGUUGGUACAGCUGGAAUGGGAGCUUAUAGAGGAAAACAUGGAUUCGACGAGUUUUCUCACAAGAAAGCGGUCUUGAUCCGAGGAUAUUUCGGGGAAAAGCUGUUGGAGUAAGUUAGAAUUAACCUAAUGAAUUAAAUUAAACAUAACUUACUUAAACUGAUCUUUCUUUAGAUGCCGAUACCCACCAUACAACGAGAAGAAGUUCAAACAACUGGCAAUGUUAUCUAAACGACGCAAUUACCCUCCAGCCUUUCUGAAAUACUUUCGCCCGUCCUUCUUUGGCAUCCUGCUCGGCAUAAUACUUACAUUGUUGGUGCAAAAACUGAUCACAUUCUUCAACUUAUCAUUUCCGUUUCUCGAACAUCACACAUCCUAA